AUGGGUACCGACUCAACAUCAGCGAUGGAGGCACUCCCACCCAUGAGCCUGCCGAACGGCGUUGACGAUGACUACGUGGACUGUCGCGCGUCAUGCGGCCUCAACUGGCACAUCUUGAAGGCCGGCAAAGCGGGAAUGCCACUCGUGCUGUUCUGUCACGGCUAUCCAGAACUUGCAUACUCGUGGCGAAAAGUGCUGCCCCAGAUCGCCGAUGCUGGAUACUACUGCGUCGCCAUGGACCAGCGGGGGUACGGGCGCACGACCGGUUGGCCGCGCCGAGGAUUCCACGAGGUCGAUCUGAACGACUACGUCUUCACGAAUCUGGUGCGCGAUCUGGUGUGCUUGGUCUAUAAGCUUGGGUACACUGAGGUCCAUAGUAUCGUCGGGCAUGACUUUGGCGCUGUGAGUUCGGCCAUGGCUGCCCUGAUGCGUCCUGAUAUCUUCAAGUCGACGGUGCAGCUGAGCCAUCCUCACCAUGCUCCGCCGACGCCUCAGCUAGGAGACGAGUCGGCGAAGCAAAAGGUCGAUAUCAGCGCUGAGCUGGCUGGACUGAGCCCCCCUCGAAAGCAUUACAAGUGGUAUAAUUCCACCCCCGAGGCGGCACCAGACUGGGACAACCCGCCCCAAGGUCUCGAAGCUUUUCUCCGGGGGUAUUUUCAUCUCAAGUCCGCAGACUGGGACAAGAAUGAUCCCCAUCCCCUGGAGAAAUGGAGCGCGAAGAACCUCGAGAUCAUGCCCGAGUACUACAUCAUGCGAAAGGAUCAAUCCAUGCCAGAGACAGUCGCCCACAACAUGGAAGGCGAAGACUUCUCCAAGACCGAGAAAUGGCUCUCUGGAGAAGAGCUGGGCGUAUACUGCGACGAAUGGAAACGGACUGGUUUCCAGGGCGCGCUGAACUGGUACCGCGCGCAGACUGCGUCGACGGCGCAAUCGGCAAGGGACAUGCUGCUCUACGCAGGCAGGAGGAUCGAGGUGCCCUGUGUGUUCAUCAGCGGCAAGAAGGACUGGGGCAACUACCAGCAGCCGGGAGCAUUUGAGGGCUAUGAGGAUCCCAAAACGGUUAAGGAGGGCUGCUUCAGAGGUGCGAAGCUGAUCGAGGGCGCGGGACAUUGGGUGCAGCAGGAGCAGUCGGAUGCUGUCGUGGCGGAGAUACUCGGGUUCUUCAAAACGCUGUGA